AGCUGACCCUGGCCUCCUCUGUCUCUCUCUACAGGGUGACACCAGACACAGUGAACGAUGCGUGAAUACAAGUUAGUCGUCCUGGGCUCUGGAGGCGUAGGCAAGUCUGCUCUGACUGUACAGUUUGUUCAGGGGAUUUUCGUGGAGAAAUAUGACCCGACAAUAGAAGACUCGUACAGAAAGCAAGUGGAGGUGGACGGGCAGCAGUGUAUGCUGGAAAUUCUGGACACUGCAGGGACGGAACAAUUCACAGCCAUGAGAGAUCUGUACAUGAAGAAUGGCCAGGGCUUUGCGUUAGUGUACUCCAUCACAGCCCAGUCCACCUUCAACGAUCUGCAAGACCUACGAGAACAGAUCCUCCGAGUCAAAGACACUGACGAUGUUCCGAUGAUUCUGGUGGGUAAUAAAUGUGAUCUGGAGGAUGAGCGUGUUGUGGGGAAGGAACAGGGACAGAACCUGGCCAGACAGUGGAGCAGCUGUGCUUUCCUGGAGUCCUCUGCAAAGUCCAAGAUCAACGUCAACGAGAUCUUCUAUGACCUGGUCAGGCAAAUCAACAGGAAAACCCCAGUACCUGGGAAGACACGCAAAAAGUCCAACUGUCAGCUCCUCUAAUACACAGCUGCUCUGUCGCACUGAGCCAGGUCUGAUUUGCUGCUGUCUCUCUCAGCAGUGCCAGCAUUCCGACAUUACUAAAACCUAACAUGGAAUGGACUUUCCUGUGUGGUGACGCCCCUUUAACAUCAACAACCAACAAACAACCGACCAACGGAUUCAAAGCUACAAUACACCAGUUUUUACACACAGAUUAACCAUUAUCACUCUCCAGUGUCACGAGAACAAGAUUUCUACUUAGAAAUAUAGAUAUUCUAACUGUAUCAAACUGAAAUGGAAAAAUUAAGUUCAUAAAAUAAAGUAAAAUGAAAUAGGUAAAUCAGUCAAUAUGAACCAAAAUAAAAUCCCGAUCCCCAACACACAGUGUUAUUGCUAACGGAGACAGUAGCCGUAGAAACGGAUGUCUAACCAGAAUGUGCACGUUGCCACGGUGAUGCGGUAUUUAUAAGCACCUCUAUAUUAGCCAGAGAGAAAAAGACAAAGUCCCAAAGAGGCACCUAUAUAGUUCAGUUCAUACAGAUAACUUGCUCCUGGGGGUUUAUUUUCUAACUUUUUUUAUUUUAUUAUUUUCCUUCGAUCAUUCAACAUCAUUUCUCUUGUCUUUUUCUGUCUUUUUUUUUUUAAAUGACUAGUUUUGUCUCUACUGAGAGAUGCUAUACUGCGACAGCUAUUGAUAUGAGUUUUAUUUGAGGAGUAAACCUGUGGCUACAACAGUUAUAAUUAUUAUAUAUGAGUUUUAUUUGAGAAGUAAACCUGUGGAUACAACAGUGAUGAUUAUAUGUGUAAAAAGAGAAAAAAAAAAAGUAUAAUGUUUUUUCAGUAACUAUCAUAUUGUCUUUUAGCCUGAUGAUGUUGCCUUCAAAUUGGUUUUUCUUUCUUUCUGGAGAAUCUAACUAUGAUCCAAUCAUCCUUCUAUGUCUUGCCUGGGUUUUCUUGCGUCUGAAAUGGCACCCAAGUGUAUUAUAUUUGACCAGAGCCCAAUGGUUUCCCUAUUGGUUUCCCCUAUUGGUUUCCCUAUUGGUUUCCCUAUUGGUUUCCCUAUUGGUUUCCCCUAUUGGUUUCCCCUAUUGGUUUCCCUAUUGGUUUCCCUAUUGGUUUUCCCUAUUGGUUUCCCCUAUUGGUUUCCCUAUUGGUUUCCCUAUUGGUUUCCCUGUGGGUUUCCCCUAUUGGUUUCCCUAUUGGUUCCCCUAUUGGUUUCCCUAUUGGUUUCCCUAUUGGUUUCCCCUAUUGGUUUCCCUAUUGGUUUCCCCUAUUGGUUUCCCCUAUUGGUUUUCCCUCUUGGUUUCCCUAUGGGCCCUGGUCAAAAGUAGUACACUAUAUAAGGAAUUAGGGUGCAAUUUUGGAGGCAGCCCUUGUGUUGUUUACAAAGAUGUUUGUACAGUGGGGUUUUUCAAUUGGGGUUGUGGUCAAAGAGGGACUGGACAUUUUAACAAGCGACCAAACUUCUGAGACACCAAUGGCCGAAUGACUGGGCGAUCCUCAUCAUGUUUUUUUUUUUUUUAACUUUAUCCUUCCAAGGCCGUCUCUCAUUGGUUGGUUUGUCCAGUUAGCCAAUCCCCUCUCAUGGAAUCUGCGAUCUACAACAGGAAGUAUAGAUUUUUUUAUUUUUAACUGAGGGUUUUUAAUACGAAAAAAAUAAAUAAAAUAAUGUCAUUGGUGA